AUGGCCGACCAACGUGACUAUAGUCCGUACAGCACGGCAAUAGAGGACGAAUCUUUCCACCGUAUUCCAGCCCCACUAGGGAAAAAGCGCAUUCCGUGCUUGUCGACAAUCAAAGAUGUCAAAAAUUGGAAAAGCAAUGCGUAUUCUUCGAAAUACCGAAAGAUCCGGUCUCAGAGUACGAGCCUUUCUUAUGUAGUUUACCAAUCAAGUCUAACAUCACCCAGACGGAUUGAAGGCGUCGAGUGCGAGGUCAAGGAACUCCGAAAACAGCUAGAUGAAAUGCGCGAGUUGCUUCAACAGAGUCGCUCGCAAAAUACCCCAAAUUCCCAACUAACACACUCCCCAAGCUACCUUCGUGAUCGGCAACAGCAAGUACACCGCGAGAGCCCUCAUGCUUCCUCGGGAUCUCAUUACCCUCACUUACAGGAUCACUCCCAAAGGGGGUUUCCAAAUAUACCUAUCACGAGCUCUGUUGGCUAUACAGAUAGUCACCAAUACCAAAGGUCUAUGCCGGGGUCCAUACCAGGCUUCUCUCCGAAUGAAACUUCAGUCCGGCCUCCCUACACCUCCAACCAGACAAUUACCAGAUUACUCAAGAGGAAACGAUCUGGGUUUGAGAUCCGAGAUGACGCCAUCACCGACUUUACUGACAAAGGACUUAUCACGCUUGAAUGUGCGGUGUCAUACUUCAAUACGUACUGCUUAGUGAUCGUGGCUGACCCGAGAAUUCCAGUUUCUUCGAAGGAUGCGUAUGUGCCAAUUGUCCCGACUAUGGACAGGUAUAUCCCGAUAUUCGACCCACAAUACGACACUUUCGACUCCGUUCGAUCGCGGAGUAGUAUUCUCCUCAACGCAAUAUGUACCAUUGGCUGCAUGGUUGAGACUAGAUCCGGUGGUUCAAUGUCGGACCUUCUCCACGCCGAACUGAAGAAAUGGAUCAACGUCAUAAUCCAGAACAAGGAGUUGAACUCCCUAGAAUCAGUCCAAGCAAUGCUUGUAGUUGCUUGCUAUUCCACAGAACGCUCGCUCAUAUUAUCCUUUGCCACUCGCAUGGCUUUGGAUCUGGGAUUACAUGAGGCCUUUGAUGAACUGACCCAGCGGCUUGCUCUUCAGGAUGAAGAUACGGCUUAUACCUUGCCGCAUCAGUUGUUUGAAGAGGAGAGGGCUCUUAUGUGGAACGCUCGGACCUGGUUCGGGCUUUUGGUUCUAGAACAUAUAUUUCGUGUUGAUGGAGGAAAGCCACCUGGCAUUAGGCUGAAAGGGAAUCCUCGUCGCUGUCGUGUUUUACUUCGCCAUCCGUCGUCCACGGUUUUGGAUUUACGGCUGUUCUCUCAAGUCGAGGUAUGUCGAGGAGACAAAAUAGACUUCGAGAAUUUGGUAGCCAAUGUCGGCGAUUCUCUAGGAGGAAAAGCAUCGCUUGAUGGACACAGCAUCGUGGACUACGUGUAUGAUAUGAAACUUGAGCUAGACUUGUGGUUUGACGACUGGGUACGCAUUAUUGAAAAUUGUGUUGCCGCCACCGAAGAAAGGCCAUCUUUACUAGUUGCCCUUCGAGUACAGAAAUGCUGGGCAGAAAUGAUGCUCAACUGUAAAGCACUACGAUCCAUGGGCGUUGAGAACGUAGCUGCUAUGUCCAGCACGGAAAAAACGAUACUGCUUACAGCAAAGGCCAGUGCCCGCCGCCACCUCCGCCUUAUAAUUGUCGAUCCAGACUUCUACCUCGCCAAGCUGAAAUACGCGAUGGAUUUUGUCUGGGCCAAGUGCGCGUUCUCCUAUUUGUUGCUUCUCAAAUUGUCCCGUCUCCUCCCCGAGCGCAACGCGGAGCACCAAGAGCUGCUGGAGCAAGGGAAUCAACUCGUAGAUGAGCUGAGUAAAGCCGGAGCUAGUGAGACUCAGUCAGGGGCUGGGAAUAUUUAUCUUCAGAUUCUGAAGGUCAGUAUUGAGAAGUACGGGCGUGCAUUGGUGGAAACACAGCAGCCUAACUCGGAUGGUCCCACGGCCACCUCGCCGUUCUGGGAAUUGUUUGAUGCUCAGGCGGAUCUUCAGUGGUUCGUACCUGAGCAGUUUGUUUCCGAGUGGGACUUUCCGGGGCUCAAUUUGUUUUACUUUCCCACUGCUUGGCAGGACUUCUUUGGUGAUUUCUCGUUGGCCAUGUAG